AUGGUGAGGCAGUCUUCAGGGCAUCAUGGUACCGCUAAGAACAAGGCUUUUUCGAUGUUGGAUAACGAUGCAGUUUCAGUUGGUUCCAUCAACAAGGCUUUUCAAUGA